CACUCUGGUCUGGGGCUUCCCAGUGUUGUGCAAUGUCACUGAGCUGCUGCUAGGAAAGGCAAACAAGUGGGCGACAGAACUGGGACAGAGUGACACGUUGUUGGAACCCACGUGCACAAAACACUACUACCUGCUUUUCAAUUUGGUCUGAAACGUUAGAUCUUUAAGAUUUUUAGUUUUAAUGUCAAAACAUAGAUUAAGAGAAAGCCAUUUUGAAAAUAUCUAGUUCAACUAUGGGCUUGAUGAUUUGUUCAGAAUUGUGUACUGUAUGAUUAUGUUUACUGUAUGGUUCUUAGCAGACACGUUUGUCCAAAGUGACUUGCAAUGAAUGGCACUGAUAAAAUGAUACUAAGACAAGGAAUAUCAAAGGUCCAUAUACUAAAAUACAUAGCUUUAAUGAAAUUAGUAAAACCUGAGAGAAAAUGUCAAAUACUGGUAGCAUGCAUGGUUAUGGAGUAAACAGCUAAUGCUGUUAGUAUUGUUGCAACAUUGAUCUUAGAACACUUCAACAUUCUACAUAUCUACAUCCACACCUCAGCAUUUUAUUUACAUUUCGCUUGGUUACUGCAACUGUGCUGCAACAUUCAUCAAGGCCGUUUCUGAUGACAUCAUAAAGCUAACUCCAUGGCGACUCACAAUGACAGAAUCUCAAGGUUCAAGUUGGACCUCAUGUCUCUCAUGAAGUAGUUUGGAAAAUGCCACGCUUUAAGAGAGCUCUGCAGAAUCUGUGCUGCUUUAGUGCAGCUAAAGAGGAAGUGGAGGAUCCUGUGGAUGCAGAGUUACAGGAGAGAGCGCGGCUGCAACGCACGACAUGGCGCCAACGUAAUUAUGAAAAACGGAGGAAAGAGCAGGAGAGAAAAGGGGUCAAGGUCGAGGAGCUGCCCGAGACAAGCGGACGAAACGCCCCAAAGAAAAGCUCUCGCUAGCGUUGGCUGGAUGAGAGCCGAAUGGAGGUGGAGAGAGCCGCUGGGGCCGCCACAGAGGCCGACGAGGGGAUCGGGGGAGACACGAUGGAGAGAGCAGGAAUGAAGGGAGACGGAGAGUCCGAGGACAAGACUCUGAGUCUGCUGGAGAAAAAGAAGGAGGAGGAGGAGAGAGUGGCACGCCUCCUGGACAUCCGACGCCGGACCCUGGCCAAGAGAUUCAGGACAGAGAAGGUACAUAAACUCAGCAGAUGAGGAGAAGAACCUGACUCCAGCCCAGUGUUCAGCUCUGGCUUAUCUGCUGCUGAUGUCAGCUGAGGACUUGGAGGAGUUUGAUCUGAGGAAAUAUCUGAAAUCAGACAAAGGGCUACUCAGAAUGCUUCCUGUUGUCAAAGUCUCAAGAAGACUUUGGCUAAAUUGGUGUCACCUCUCCAAGGUGAGCUGUCAGCUGUUGGCAUCAGUGCUGCAAAUGACCCCUUCCCAUCUGAGGGAACUGGACAUGAGUGACAAUGACCUGCAGGAUGAAGGAGUGGAGCUGCUCUCUGUGGGACUAAAAGAUCAACAAUGCAAACUGGAGACACUGAGGCUAAAUCACUGCAACCUCUCCAAGACAAGCUGUAAAAUCAUGGCAUCAGUGCUACAAAGAACACCUUCCUAUCUGAGAGAACUGGACAUGAGUGACAGUGCCCUGCACAAUGAAGGAGUGGAGCUGCUCUGUGUGGGACUAAGAGAUCCACAAUGCUGUCUGGAUGUCUGAUCACCCAGAAGGGCUGUUCUUUCUUGUUGAGCUGGAGAUGAACUACAAUCACCCAGGAAACUCAGGUGUCAAAGAGCUCACAGACAUACUGAAUGAUCCCAGCUGUAAACUAGAGACUUUCAGGUAUGAAGACAGAGGAAAGUACAGGAUUAAACCAGGACCGAGAAAAUACGGAAAAAAGACAAACAACUUUCGUUCCACCGGUUCCCGACAGACACCAAACUGAAGAGAGAAUGGAUAUCAAAAAUUAGAGACAUCGGCACAUUUUUCCAGGUAAGUGCAUAAUUAUCUAGAAACUAGCUACCCAACCGGUUAGCUUAACUUCAGGCUGAUGUUGUAAUGAUAGCUAGUAACCCUACUUGUUUACUUCAGUUUAACUCGCUACUUGUUAGAUCAGCCGCAAACAUGAUGUGGUUUUAUUUAUUUAUGGUAGACUGGAUGUUGUGAACACCCUCGAUAGAAAUGCCACGUCUCAAGCAGUAGGGCCUAAGCUUGUUUUACCGACUUCAAGGAAAGCCCUGGUCACUGUAUGUAGGCUAACUGCAGCUAACAGGCAGGCUGUUGUGUGUUGUUCGUGCAGAUUACGUCCAACACAAAAGUUUGUGCCAAACAUUUCGCUGAGGAGUGUUUUGUGCACCACGAUGAGUCUGGUAAAACGUGCCUGCUGCCAGGAAGUGUCCCUCAGCUGUUUGCUUGGACAAAAACAUCGCAUAAAAGACAAAUGAGAGUUAUAGAGGUAGAGAGCUCAGUUAAUGAAGUUUGUUUCAUACGUCUCCUAACGUCAUGUAGCCUUGUCCUAUUGGUUGGUCUAAGUUACAAAGUGUUGAUUCAUUGUAGUUUUUCUCAUGUUUUAUGAUUAUAUAUACAGCAAUGAACCUGCUGGAGAGACAGAGGAUGUCAGUGUAGGCCUGGCUGGAGUUGACACUGGUGCUGGCCAAGUUGUUAAGCCAGCACCCCACCCUGACCAUGAUUAUGCUGAACCCUCUCAGUCACUGGAAGAUCAGCUAGAAGCAGCACGGCAGGAGAUCACUCGCCUUACACAGGAGAAUAACAUCCUCAAGGCAUCCCGUUUCAGCUUGAAGCAUUUUGAAAAUGAUUCAAAGUUGUUGACCUUCUACACUGGAUUUCGGGAUUACGAGACACUGAGAGCAUUGUUCUUGUCCCUUCAGCCAACUGCAGAGGGCAUGCUUAGGUGGAAUCAGGCACAGAAAAUGGUCAAACAGGAUCAGACUCGUCAGGAAAUGGCCCUAGUGGGCUUCAGGGCAGAGAGCUUAUGUUUAUUUGAUCAGUUUUUUCUCUUUCUGUGCCGUGUAAGAGAGGGAGCAUUAGAAGAAUCACUGGCAGAUCGAUUUCAUGUGUCCCAAUCCACAGUUAGUGGGAUAAUAAUAACAUGGUCAAAUUACUUAUUCUUUAUGCUUGGUUCAUUGCCCGUGUGGCUACACAGAUCAGCGGUGAAUGCAAUUAUGCCACAGUGUUUUAAGGACACAUUUCCAAGAACAAGGGUCAUUUUGGACUGCACAGAAAUUUACAUUGAGAAAGCAAGUUCCAAGGUAAUAAGUUCUGAAACCUAUUCAAACUACAAGGGAUCAACAACUCUAAAGGGAUUGAUUGGUGUGUGUCCUUCUGGUGAGAAAACGUUCGUUAGCAGUCUCUAUGAGGGAUCAAUCUCUGACAAGCAGAUUACCAAACAGUCAGGCAUCUUGUCACUACUUGAGGAGGGGGAUGAGGUAAUGGCAGACAAGGGGUUUCUUAUUGGAGAUCUGUUGUCACCUAUCAAUGCUUCACUUGUUGUGCCACCAUUUCUUAAUCAGAGGAGACAGUUCACUAGGGAGGAAGUCACCACAACACAACAAAUUGCCAGACUCAGGAUACAUGUAGAGAGAGCUAUAGGGAGAAUUAAGCAGCAUCAUGUGUUUGAUGGAGUCCUUCCCCUUUCUCUGUUGGGGACUGUCAACCAACUAUGCAUCAAAGUGCACUCUCUCCAGAUGGUAAUCCUCCUUGCACAUUACAAAAAAAUCACACCAUUUUGCUCCUGUAAGAGCCAUCUGUCCCAUGAUUUGUAAGUGAUAUUCAUGCCCAUGCUUGAGGGAGAAGGUUCCAUCCUCUGUUCUUCUCAGCGAAUGCAACAUUCAAAUUACUAUUCAA